CAGGCUUCUUUUCUUAUCUCCAUAGAAACACAUCAUUUGAAAAACAAAAAACACUGACAAUUUCAUUUAAAGCAUUAAUCUCCACAACUCCCUCUGAAAGCUGACCUCUCCACAACUGUUCAUUUGAAAAAUUAAAUUAAGUAGCAAAGAAGAGGAUCUUCAAAAAUGUUUAACAAGUUGUGGAAACGUAUUCGUCAAUGGUUAUCUUUCAACACCUCUGAGGACAGUCCAUUACCUGAGUCAGCAAGAGAGCAGAGUCAAUGGACCACAGCUACAGAUGAAGCAGCUCAAUCACCAGAAAGUUUAAAAAAUGAUGCUGCGUGCGAUCACAAAGAGAGCAGUACAUCAGGUGAUAUAGCACAUGAUAAUGAGGACAACCAGUGCCGCAUCUGCUACGGAGACCAUUCAGAUGCUGACCCCCUCCUGUCACCCUGCCAGUGUUCAGGAAGUCUGACAUAUAUUCACUGCAGUUGCCUGAGAACAUGGAUCAGGACCCGACUACAGUCAGGGUCCACCUUGGGUGCUGCCACAAGAUGUGAGAUUUGCACCAAAACAUUUUACUCUGUGGACAACAACCAGCAAGAGUCCGAGCAGAAUGACUUCGAAGAACUCAUAUUCGAAGUGGAACAUCUGAUGUCGGAACUGGAACUCCUGAGUACUGCGUUGUUUAUGAACAAAGUACUUUGGUUAUCACCUAUGGUGUACACAACUUAUUUCAACAGAAUAGGGAGCCCGCUAAGAACUAUAGGAUGGGAGGUUAUACUAAAUGUUCGUCCACACACACCUGAUACCUAAUCAAGAAGCCAAGUCCAUCUUAAUCUCUGUGGAACUAAGCAAUAAACAGUAAAGCAAU